AUGGCUCGCAAAAACCGGCAAACAGUUCUGUCGGGCGAAUUUCCGCUACUAAAAAGUAUCGGUCUUUAUGCAACAACAAUCCAGGGCGAUGGAAACUGUUUAUUUCGGUCGCUAGCGGACCAGCUCUACGGUAAAGAUGACCUGAAACUGGCCAUGGUGAUCCGACAGAGUGUGGUGGACUACAUGAAGAAACACAGUGCCUACUUCGAGAUCUUUUAUUCGUCAGAAUGGGACGAGUCUUGGGAAGCGUAUAUUGACCGCAUGUCUCGAUCAUCUGUUUAUGGAGGCAAUCUGGAGCUGGCUGCCUUUGCCUCUGCAUACCAGCUGGAUGUGGUGGUAUACCAGGCUGAUCUAAGAUACGUGAUUACUCCUAUCGACGAAAGCAAAGGUGAACAGAGGACGGAACUGGAGGCGGAUCAAGGUGGAGAGCGACCCGAGAAGGUACAUAUCGCCUAUCACACUUGGGAGCAUUACUCUUCUGUCAGAUGCAUCAAUGGACCUCAUUGUGGACCACCCGAGAUUACCAGCGCUUACUUGAGCAGCUACGUGCCUAAGGGCUCCGAUCUUAUUGCUGACGUGACCAAAGAUGUUGGAGAGUGGAAGAUCAAGCAAUUGCGUGAGUCGUUACCGUUUGAGGUGCCGGAUCAUCUUCUGGCCAAGGUGCUGAAGGAGCAUGAAGAUGUUGGGGAAGCGGUCGACUAUUUCUUGGAGAAUGGUAUUCCUGAGGAGGUGGAGGGGAAGGAAGAAGUGGUAGGAGAGACUAAGAUUGGUAGAGAGACUGGUACUGGAGCUCCAUCUGUAACAGAAGACGUCUCCAUGAAGGAGGACACAAUGGAACAAGUAGCCGAGCCUGAUGCGACGAUAGAGACGCAAAAGCCGACUUAUGCAAAAACAAACAUUCAGUCGCCAACCCCAACGUUGGAUAAAAAGGCACUAAGGGCCCAGAAGGCUGCAGAACGCACGGCCAAACGAGAGGCCAAGGCUAGGAAAGAAGCGGAAGAUACAGGAACUAAACAAAAGGGAGGCAAAAAGGAUAAGGCCCGAGACAAAAAGGAAAAGCAAAAGGCGCGCAAACGCGAAAAGAAGAACGAGGCAAAGGCGUCUACUGGUGGCACUUCAGUGGACCAGAGCUCCACCGCAGAAACAGACUAUAAGGUGGUUAUGGUGUGA